ACGGCUCGUUUUUCCUCAGUACGACAGUAGUACAGUACGUUCCCCACUCACUCGUCACCACUGUUUUAGUGUUUAUACAGCAGCUGCCGUAUGCGACCCCCACCACUCCUACCAUUUUCAGAGGUUUUUUACAGAUCUGAUGCUGUUUGAGCGUCCCCAGCCGGCCAUUUGAUAAUUGGUGUCCAUUUAAUUAAUUGCUGAGUCUCGCCGGUAUUUCCAUAUUUCUUUCUUCUUCUUCUCAGCGUAUGUGUUUUUUUGCUGUUCUGUCUUGCGUUCCGUUUGGCGUUCCCAGGUGAGUAUAGUUCAUCGUUCAAAAGUUGUGUAACGCAGUGCUUGCGUAGGAUAUUGGAAAUCCACAUUGUUGGUUUUCACAUCUAUUUUUCGACUAGUCGACAACAACAAUGGAACCCAUACUACCCAUCAUCAGUACGAUCGUCCUCAGCCCGGAAAGAAUGUGCCGCAUUUGCCUAACCACAAAGCAGACGGAAUCGCCGUUCGUCGACGUGUUGGAUCCGAGAUAUCCCCAUCUUGCUGGACUCGUCAAGCAAUUUUAUGGAGUGGAAAUUAAACACAAUGAUGUUCAUAGAGGCAAAUCUACUAAGCUAUGUGGAAGUUGCAGGAGCAAUAUAAAAAGAUGGCAAGACCUUGUCUUUAAUGCUCGAAAGUGUCAAUUUGUAGUGGAGUUUUUAGCUGAUAAGGUUGAAGAAAGUCAACAUAAUGUUUCAAAAAAAAGGAAGCAAACACAAUCAAAAACCAGGAAAAGAAAAGGAUCGCCAAUACUUGAAAUUCAAUUCCCAUCUAUAUCCAAUGACUUGAUUCAAUCGCCAACAGAAUCUAUUGAUUCUAUUCAACAGUCUACAUCAACAGAAAUUAUUCCAUUUCCACCAGCAUCAACAUCAACAGAAAUUAUUCCAUAUGUAUCAACGUCAACAGAAAUUAUUCCAUCAACAGAAGAUCCACAAUUGUGGCAUACAAUGGUAAAUGAAAUUACAGGUAAUUCAUUUCCAUCAGAAAUGUCCACAUCUCAAGCUUAUAAUGCAGAAUAUGCAGAAUAUUCUGUUUGUGUAUUUUGCAUUUACCAGUACAUUGAAAUAUCACGAAAUAUGUAUAAUAAAUAUAUAAAGUUAUGUCCAAAACAUUCGAAACCUUAUACUUGUUUAAUUGAUGAUUGCUACACCGUAUUUCCCAAUAAAGGGGUUUUUAUGGAACAUUAUAGUGCUCAUUUGAACAUCAGAAAUACAGAUAGUUUGUGUCGUAAAUGCAUGCUUGUCUUAACUUCUCCGAGUUCAACUACGUCAAAUCAUACUCACCAAACAUUAUCAGACUUCUUCAAGUGCUGUUCAGAAAAAUUUCCAACUAUGCAUAAGUUUGUUGUUCAUAAACUAAUGAAACAUGAUACAUUUGUGAUCUCAGCUCACAACCGAUCACCUAUUUCAAAUAAAUUAUAUCCAUUUGUUAUGUCUCCACCAAAAUGCAAAAUUGAACCGAUUGAUGCAAAAGAUGAUGUUCUUUUAACUACAACAGUAGUACAAAAUGAGGUAAAUGAAGGAGGAGAACGUGAAAGUAGUUAUAAGUGUAAAAUUUGUUCCUUACUUUGUUUUACUUUGAAUGAAUAUGUUGAACAUUGUAAGAGGAAACAUAAUAAACAAUUAACAUUAAAAGAAUCAGGAAUACAAUUAUGCCCUUUGUGUGAUAUAGAUUUUUUGUGCUAUAACUUUGUUGAACAUGUUGAAAAAUGCACAAAUACUAUGAAAGUUGGUGAUAAGAAAUUGAAUCAUUUUGGAUGUGUUUAUUGCAAAGUGGUUUUUACAAAGGUAUCUGCUAGUAUAUUUCGCAAACAUGUUCUAUUUUGCAGGACAUUUAAGGUAAAAUGUAUUAAUAACAUAGCUUAUAAGAGUUGUAUAAAUUGUAAUUUCCAAACUACUGAUGAUAAUUCAGCUGUAUCACAUGCAAACAAUGAGUGUAUAUACUUCCAAAUGAAAAUGAAAUUUGCAAUUGGUCCCGGUGAAAAACAGAAAGUUAUGGAUCGAAUGAAUCUUUUAGAAGAAUAUUCGAAAGAACUGGGGAAUAAAAAUUGCACAGACAAUGAAAUAAUACUUCCUAGUACUUCAAAAGUAAUAUGUGAUUCAAGGAGACGACGAAUGCUCAAAUGGUAUAACUAUUAUUGUUUUAAUUGCCAUAACGCUUUCUUUGAUAAACAUAUUUUUUAUUAUCAUUUGAAUGGGCCACAAUCUGUUUGCCGACCUUCUUCAUUAAUCUAUUGUACAAGAUGUGUAAAUGACUUUUAUUGUGAAAAAGAUUAUACUCUACAUUUGCCUAAUAUGCCUAAAGCAGCACCUUUGGUCUCAAUAAAACCCGAGAUAAAAUCAGAAGAGAUUGAUCCAAGUUAUUAUAUUGAAGAUAUUAUUAUGGAUAGCUCAGUAGUAUUUCCUAAUCAAAGUGAUGAUGAAGAUGAUGAUAUCAAAGUGUUUGAUAUGAAUGGCAUUAGACCUUUUCAAGAACAAACAAUUACAAUUAAUGAUAUAAGAAGUAAUGCUCAAUUUCAAGAACAAGAAGUUUCUAAUUAUGAUAAUACUGAUCAAGAAAUGGAGUUUAACUCCAACGAUGAGUAUAUGCAAUGUGUAGUUGAAGAGAAACCGGAUUUAAAUCAAAUAAUGAUAGAUAAUAAUAUACAAUAACAUGUGAAUAUCACAUAAAUUCCAUAAUGUUAAAACUAAAUGUAUAGUUUUACAUCAAUCUUUUUUACUUACAUAUAAAUUCCAAUAUUGUUAUUUAUAUUAAUUGUAUAAUUUCUGUAGCUCAUUUUAAACAAAUCCUAUAGCUAUUAACCUAAAAAUUACCUAUUCCAUAUUAAUUAUUUUUCUGUCGAGAAGUAGGAAGUAUAUUUGUAGACCUAUAAUCAUGACUUAAAUUUUUAUAAUUAUUAUUUAAGUAAUAAUAAAGUUUAUUCAUUAUUUAAAAUUUACACUAGAAUACUUUUUACAUAUUUUAUUUAUAUACUUGGUUUUGUUUGUUGUUUUUAAUGUUAAAACCUUAACAUUAAUUUGAAAUACAUAAUUUCAUACUUAAAAUAGCAUGCAAUAAUAGCCAUUAAAAAGUAAAGUUCCAUUUUUAGUUACACUAUUCUUAGUUAAUCUAUUCUCGACUGAUUAGUUUUUAUAUAUAUAUAUGUAUAUGUAUAUAUUAAUUUUGUGUUAAAAAUAUAGCCUAAAUAUAUAUUAUUUUAUUGUCGUAUGUUGUUAUAAAAUACAGCAUUUAAAUGUAAUAUUUUUAUUAUUAUCAUUAUUAUUAUUUGAUUUGUACAUACUUGGAUAUCUAUUAAGUAAUAAUUUGAAAAAAUAUGUUAUAGUUAAUUCUGUUUAGGUUAUAAUUUUUUUUUAUAUACUUAUAAUAUGUAUGUAUUUUACUUAUUAUGUAUUUAUUGUAUUAAGACAAGUAUGACUGUGUUUAAUUUAACUUAGACAUUAUUUUAACUGAUUUGACCUUAUUUUUGAAGAUGUUUUUCUUUACUAUGUAUAUAUCAAGCUUUUACAUAUUGUAAUAAAUAAUAUAGUUUUUUCUCAAUUCACCAAAAGUAUCCCUUUAUACAUAUUUUUCUGACCAAAACUCGUUAAGUCAAUAUCCUCACUAAUUUACUGUCCAUAUUGUAAUUUAUGAUUCUGUAUAAAUGACAAUAGCAACAUAGCACUAUUGUUUAUCAACAGCCGUCAAAUGAUGUCAAACCAAUGAUUGAAUACAUAGCGUUAACUUGUGAUUGUCAUAUUGUAAUCCACAUUGUAGUCUCAUGCACGAAAGCGAUUCUAUCUUAAUCAGAAUAGACAAUAUGAAUGUUGAUUGUAACACUUUAAUUUACCUAAAAUGUCAUGAAGGUAAAUUAUAUUCGUUUUCUCUAGUU